UCCUUUCGGGCAGCUGACAGGUCACGUGACUACAUGGACUGAGGACUUGUUUACUAGACACGGAAAUGUUUAAAUGUAGUUGAUGGUUUGUUUUAAUCUCCGUCAGAGUCGUUUUAAAACAUGUUUUCUGUAAAAUGUUAACCACGUGACCCGGAAGUUAUCACGCUGUCAGUGAACUGUGAAGAUGGUGGGAUAUGGUGAUGGCAGUAACUCCGUCGAGGUGGUCGUUAUCCCUGAGAACCAACACUGUAGAGAGGUAAGGGACAUCCAGAAGGCUGAACUGUGUCCCGGAAGUUCCCUGCUCGGCUGUCUGGCUGUUCAGGGGCUCCUGGUGGUGUGGGACCCGGCGGACAGAGAGGCCCCUCCGGCUGCGGUGGACGGCACCUUCGUAGACUUCUCCUGGGAGGAGAUGACGGCUCAGAGUCGGUGUGUGUCCAGCUUCUUCUUGUUGGCUGUGGGAUCUCUUGGAAACCUGAAGCUGCUGGAGGUGGAAGCAGAACGAUCUGCCCUCAUUUCUGUCCUCUGUGUGUGUGAAUGCUCUGCAGACCGUCUGCUGCAGGUUGUCAAAGAGCAGAACCAUGGUGUCUGUGAGCUGCGGUCUGUGCAUGUUUUAUCGUUUGUGGCCGGUGGCUGCUGCGUGCUGUUGAAUCGCGAAUGGCUGCUGCAGAUGCAGUGGCAGCAGGAUCAGGAGGACCUGCAGAUCUUGUCCUGCUGCAGCCUCCAGAUGACCAUUGGCAGUACAGCUGUUCAUCACUGCGUCUGCACAGAGACCCUGUUCAUCCUCAGCUCCUCUGGAACCAUCUCUGUGCACAGCAUCCCUGAUGGCUUUCUUCUGGCCAACAUUGACCUACCUGCCUACUUGAGUUUGGCAGAGGAUGAUGUGAUCUUCUCCUCUUCCUCAUCUUCUUCCUUCACCCUCCUCCAUGUGUCAGCUGAUCUCAGUACAGCUGUAGCUCUGACCCUGUCUCACACGGCUGUUGCUGUGGAUCUGAACGACUACUUUAGAGUGUAUCCAGACCACCUACUCUGUGCUGCCCCCCAGUCCAGACCCCCUCUUUGGCCCAAGGACCCAAGAGACCAGGACAGCCUGUCCAGCUCCAGCUCCAGUCUUGCAGCUCUUGGGUUGUCCUUCAGAGAUGAUCGCUCUUGGGAAGCCCUGCUGACAUCCAUGUAUAGCAGAGCUCAGAAAACUGCUUCCUUCUCCUCCACCCAGGCUUCCAGAACCUUCUGGUCUUCCUUGCUCCCCCACAUUAAGUCCCACCCAGCUCCAUCCUCAACAGACAGCAGCGCACCUCCUGGUGGGAUAGUUGUAGUUUUCUCUGUCCCAGAGUCAUCAUCUUCAUCUGCGCUCAGUGUUUCUGAGUUCUCUGCCCUUGUGACCUUCGUCACCCCUGGCAACAGACAGACCACAGUGGCAUUAUGGGACUUGGAAUCUGGACGUGUGAGCUACCACCGGACGGAAGGGGAGGCAGCUCCGGUUCACUGCUGUGGAGGGAGACAGCACCGACUGCUGCUAAAGAAGACCGCCGUCUUCCAGGUCUUGUUCUCCGUGUCCCAGCAGGAUCUGCUGAGCCGGUUGAUGUUGUUCGGCAGCGCAGCGACAGUGGAUGCAGUCUGUCACCUGAACAACUGGGGACACUGCUCCAUACCCAUCCACACCCUUCAGGCUGGGCUGAAGAACCGUCAGCUCGACACGGUGGAUCUUUAUCUGAAAAGCAAAGAAAAUGUCCUGAACCUAUCAGCAACAUUCAGUGCAGCUGAUCUACCAGCAGACCCCUCUCUGAGCCUGAUAGACAGUGUACAGGAGCUGUGUCCUGCGUUGGACUUGUUGUGUUCAGCUGUCAGGGAUUCGAACAGUGAAGCUCAGAGCCGACAGUUCUCUGAGCAGCUGCUGAACAUCACUAUGAGCUUCGUCAACACUCAGAUCCGCUCAGUGCUUUCCUCCCCUCACUAUGAGAGCGUGGAUGUGCAGAAGUGUGUCAGCAUCUUGGAUCGAUAUGUGACUGAGCUGAGGAGUUACAUGAAGAGAUUCCCCUGGUCUACAGGGGUUAGCAUAACAACCGAUGCUGCUUCUGUUCAGGAGAAGGUUCAGGGUGAUGAGUGGGAGCUGCUUUCAACAGAGGAAAUGAUCAGUCGAUCCUUGUUGACCAAUCAGAUCCCCAGAGCUCAGGCUAUGCUGCAAAGGCAGAACCGGCCUGAACAGAAUCUGUCGGUUCUGAGGAUGGAGGGUUUGCGUCAAGUGUUUUCCUGCCUGCAGUGCAGAGACCUGCAGACCGCCAACACACUCCUCAACAACAUGGGUCUAAGUGUGAAUAAGCAGCUUCACAGCAUAUGUCUCUACACCAAAGACAAGGACCUCAGGGAAUUAAUGGUGAAAGAGUUGGUGAAUCGGAGUUCCUUUUCAGAGGAGGAGAUGCAGAAUGUGGUGUUCAUCCAGGAGAUGGAGGCGCUUGGGUUAUUGCCACCUGUCCGCUGUGCAACCCAUAACAUGUCACAAAGAGUACACAAACUUUCCAGGUUUGUUCAAAUAGUUCAAAAUGAACUGUAUGGUGAGGAGGUUCUGAAGGAGCUCCUGGGACAGAGAAUUGAGGAGGCCGGGAGACUCUGGAGAAACCUCCAGCUGGACUGGGUGAGGAACUGGGACCAGAGCUGCCAGAAAUUCAUUGUGUUGUCCAGAAUCCAACAUACAGAAUUGAGUUGCUUUGAUCCAUCAGUGUUGUGGCGUUACCUGACUGCCCUCCAUGACCAGCAUCGAGUGGUUGACUGGAUUCAGAGCAAGAAGUCCACCAGCUCUUUCUGCUGGCCAGAGAUAACCCCAGAACUACUGAACAACACAAUGUGCAGCAGCUACAUGAAGGAGAACAUCCUGGACCUACUGGCCAGGAGAGGUCUGUUCAUUCCAGACGAGAUGUCAGACCUGCAGCAACUGCUAUGCCGACUGGCUCAGGGUGGGGGGCUUAUAGUUGCAUCUCCUCCUGUCCCCCAGUACCUCUCUACUCUGGGUCUUGACUUCCAUGGCGCCUUCAUCACGUUCUGCCUGAACCACGAUCUUCAGUACCUCCUCUACGCCUACCUGGAUCAUCAUAGAUUGAAUCCAGGAAAUUAUGACCUCCUGACCAAUCACAAGCUGUCUGUGGGUCAGCCCUGGUUGGAGAUGUUGGUGAAGGUCCAGGAGAUCACCAGAGAUCUGUCAGAUCCAGGACUAAUCUUCCAGGCCGGUUUAACCUUUGCUCAGGUGCUGUUACCGGGAAGCCAGGCAUCUGUCAGCAGUCUGCUGUUAGAGGGACACAGUCUGCUGGCUCUGGCUGCCAUCAUGUUUGCUUCUGGAGGAAUCGACCAGGUGAUGGCUCAUGGAGAGUGGUCUGGCAGGUCAGAGAGGACAGUCGACCUCCAGCUCCUAAAGAUGGCACUGGGCCCCCAUCCCAAACUGAGAGCAGCCCUGUUCCCUGCUGGGCCUUGUGGAAAUAUCCAGUCCUCUGACAUUUCCAUUUAUCACCUUCUUCAGUCUCUCCACCCACUAGACCCAUCUAGGCUGUUUUCCUGGCAGACAGCAAACACUCUGAACUCUGCUGAAACAUCUGAGCCGCCCCAUUUCUCCAGCCCCCACCUGGUCAGCAGGUUUGCUUUGAUGGAGAACCUAGAUUUUCUUUACUACAUUCGUCAUGGCAGACCAUCGUUUGCAUAUGGCAAUUUCCUCAUGCAGCAGCUGAGUGCCUGUAGUGAUGCGAGUCUUCUGUUGCAGCAGGCCUGUCAGCAGAUCUACAAGCUGGCUCUGCAGUGUUUCAAUGUGCCGUCUGUGACAUCGGCAGCUGUCUGUUUCUGUGAGCUUCUGGGAGUCUGCAGCCUGAAACUGAGAGUGGACAUCAGAGCCAUGAACACUGUCCUGCAGUACUGGAACCAGCACAACAGUCAGGUCCCAACACAGAAUCUACGUACGCUAGUGUCUAAAGGUGUAAAGCUGGUGGAAGGGGAGCCUGGAGUAGCAGAAGAACUAAUUGGUUACCUGGAAGCUGCAGUGACAGACAGUCUGGAGCAGAGAAGCAUCAGCAGGUCGUCGUACGAGGCAGCUCAGGAGUGGGCUCUUCCUGUUCAGUUCUGUCAGCUGCAUAGUCUGAAGCUCAGCUCUGUUUAUCCCACCCACUGCUCCAAGGACAGACAGUUUAUCCAUUUCCUGUUGUUUGUCCAACUUCACAACUUCCCCCCUGCACAGGUAAAGCCACUGGUAGUCCAGUUUGAACCCAUCCUGCAGGCCCAUCUGAACCUGGCAUUUCAGGAUUUACAGGUCCACAGUUAUAGGAUGGGGCAGGAUCAUAAUGACCAGUCAGGGGCUCUGAGAACUGAAGGAGGCUCUGUGAAGUCAGAGCAUCCCAGGGAGCUGUUCUUGGUCCUCCUGCAGAGCCAGGAGGAGCCUGCAUCGUACAGGUAUCUGCUUCAGGAGGCACUCGCUCAGCGCUGCCCAGUGCUAGCCGUACUGGCUGCCUGCCUGCAGGAAGCACAGCUGCUGCCCUGCCUCUGCGUGUGGUUGCUGGUCUCCGUUGAUCAUGUCACUGCUGGGGUGGCCAUGUCCCACCUGGAUGACAACCCUGAGCACCAUGAAUGGACCCUCCAUGACCUCUCAAUAAUCUGGAAGACAUUGCUUGGACGGGGCCACGUCAGACCGCUCCUUCGAGGCUUUGAGCUCUUCCACAGGGACUGUCCUCUGGUUCUGGUGCUGAGGAUGUUCGAGUUGUGUUGUGACUACAGAAAAUUCACAGAAGCCAAAUCAAAGCUGCUGGACUUCCAGAGGACACUAAUCACGCUUCGAAAUGGUGGCCCAGCCCCCUCAGGCAGCCUCCCCCUGCAAUGGGUGGAGAGCCAGGCUUCACUGCUGCUCCUCACCAUGCUGCAGAGCUGCUCCUCCCAGUAUGACCUCCACCGCCUGCUAAGGCUCCUCGCCGACGUCAACAAGCUCCUCAAGUCCAACGGUCCAGACUUCAGGAAGCUGAGUCAGCUUAGUCAGCUGCUGCAGGGGUCAGGGGUCAAUGUGGCCCCCAAGCUGCUUCAGUGCUCAGCCCCCUCCAUCCAGCAUGAUGAGUUCCAGCUCAUAGUGGAUGCUCUGCAAACCAGAGGAUGCUACAUCCAAGCUAGGAAGGUGGCUCAGCUGGCAGGGUUGCCAAUCCAUCGGCUUCUUCUCAGUCAGCUCCUCCAGGAGGUGACCUGUCAGAGGACCAAGCGGCAGUGGAGGAGAUUGGAGACCCGGAUUUCCUUCUGGAGAAAAUGCCACCAGCAGCUGAAGGAGGACGACACUGAUCCAGAAUCAGCCUCCGAGUUUUUCCUGUCUCUGGCAGAAACUGGGCUGGCCGACCCCCCGACUGGUGACGAGGCUCAGAUUAAACUGCUGGACGUCCAGGAACGCUGUUUGCUCCUCCACCUCACUGCUCAUUGGCUGUCUGUGCUCAGCCCUCUCCCAGUGGACCAAUUGGAGAGGUUGGAGAAGAAGCUGUGGCUCCAGCGGAUCCAGAAACAGGUCUUGGCGGUAGCGAUGGAGGCCGAGAGUGUCUUCAACCUUCCUCUAGCUGUCUCAUCUGAAAUCAGCUCCUACAACGCCUUCAUGAAGGACUUCUCCUUCUCUAACAUCACAGAGCUGAACAUGGACAAAUACCUCAGUCUGCAGGGACUUCCAGGACCCCUAGAGGACCAGGAAGUUCAAUCUGACCUGGGUCCAGAACAGAGGAGAGUCCUGUAUUCACUCGUUGGUCAGUUACUAGAUGAGGACAGCAUCCACGAAGCCAGCCGGGCCUGCCGCUAUUUUUCCCUUUUCCACCCAGAUGUCUGGUUGGUGCUACGCUGCCACGGCCUGGCGGGGGGUUGUCUCAUCCCUGAGACAAUGGAGGAGACAUCAGAGGGUCUGGAGACCAGGACCUUUCCCAGCUCUCACUCAUUCAGCAGCCUGUCAGCCUUCGUCAUGCUGCCCCUCCCUGAGGACACUGUCACUGUCCAGCUCCAGAAACUGGUGGAUCAGUGUCGCCAUGGCAACAACUACUGUAAACAAGUCCUGAGUCUCUACCAGCUCUCCAAGGAGCUGCAAUGUUCCUUCAGCCAUAUAUGCAGAGAAGACCCCUGCUCAAUUCUGGAGAAGUUGCUGCUGCUGGACCAACAGGAGCGUUUCAGAAAGGCUCAGGCCUUUAUCAGAGUUCAGGGUCUGUCUGCAGACACUGUUGCCGAGCUGGUGUCCUCUGCUGUAGUUCAGGCCCUGCUGGGUUCUUUCCAGGACCUGCAGUCUGUAGAGAAGCAGGUGUUUAAACCAUCAGAAGGGAAGGACUCACUGCUACAGCUGAUCAAACUGUGUGAUGACCCCAACCUGGUGGGACUUAAACUGUUGGACAAGCUCAACACUGUUCCUCUGAGAGACCUGAACUGCAUUGUGGAGCUGCUGAUCGUUGCCCACAGCUGCUUCAGUCUCACCUGUAACAUGGAGGGGAUCAUGAGAGUGCUCCAGGCUGCCCGCCACCUCAGCCAUGCCUACCUGGCUCCUGGAGAGCACCACGGCCUGCUGGUACGUCUGCUGACAGGUAUUGGCAGAUAUAAUGAGAUGACCUACAUCUUCGACCUGCUUCACCAGAACCACUGUUUUGAAAUGCUCUUGAGAAAGAAGGUGGACACACAGAAUGGACAGAGCUCUGGUCUGAAAACGGCUCUGCUGGAUUACAUAAAGCGCUGCCUCCCUGCAGACAGUGAGAAACACAACAUGGUGGCGCUGUGUUUCAGCAUGAGGAGGGAGAUCGGAGAAAACCAUGAGAUGGCUGCCAGGACGCAGCUGAAGAUGAUUGAGUCUCAGGCCUGGGUUGUGACUCCUGAUCUGAAGAGUUUGCUGGUGAAGGUGUUGGGUCUGCUAAAGGAUGCUGCAGAGAGCUUCUACAAGGACUCGUGCGUCCGUCAGGCGAGUCGUUGUGUCCGCACGGCAAAGCUGGUUGCUCUUCAGCUUCACUUCCUCAAUCAGGGUUCAGACUUGCGCAUCAUCAACCUGCGACCUGCAGAGCUCCUGCAGACUGUCAUGGCUCUGCCCCGAUACUACAUGGUGGUUGUGGUGUCAGAGGCUUAUGGCUACAGUAUAGACUGGGCUGAGAUUUUGUACCAGAAGGUGAUCAUGAACGGAGACUUUAUUUACUUGGAAGAGCUGAAACGCCACCGCCCACUCACCCCCACCCUGUUUGAAGACAUAUUCAAGAAACUGGAUGGCGUUCCCAUCAGCGUCACGCCCAAUGUGAAGCGCCUGCUGACCCAUUGUGAUGAUGCGUACAGCCGCUACAGGCUGGCCUACCAGCAGAAUUUUUAUGAUGUCACCAAGACGCUGCUGCAGGACACCAAGACCUCCAACUAUUUGAACGACCGGCUGGCAAGCUGAUCAUUCACUGACGGGUGGAGUGGUGGCUGUUUUGAUGACAGUCCUCAGAUGUUUCAGUGAUGCUGUCCAAUACUGAUUUUUAUCAGAGAAGAUAAAGGAAACAAAUAGAACUGAUUAAGCUGGAUUUGUUUUUAGUUUUUUUUCCCCUGGAUGAAUGGGAAAAAAUCUGAUGAAAGUCAGUCGAAAUUAUUGGUCAUAUGAACCUUAUGAUCUAUUUUCUGUCUUGGUGGAAACAACAUCAAAUGACACUGUAAAAGAUUAAAAUUAAAGUAACAUUUUGAAUCA